AUGCGCCUCCAAAUUUCGUUUCUAUCUCUUUUAUGGCUCUUUCUGCUGGUCGAUUUCGGCCACGCAUUCGUCGGUCCAUCAUGUACAAAGAUGAAGGAGGCCCUUGGAAAUAAACCUGACAUCAUCUUCAAGGAAUUCAAGACUGAAGUCUGCGACAAGGGGUGCAAGCCAGUCAUUGCCCAUUACGAUAAGUGGGCAAAGACUAAAGCAAUCCAUCCGCUUAUUGAGAAGGUUAUGAAGGAUAUGGGCAUACCACAGCACGCUAAAGUCAUUAAAGGAUUAGCGGCGGACGUUGCGAAAGUGAUUAAGCAAGAUUGUGGGAAAAUACUGGGCAAGGGCCACCUCUGCCAGAAUCCAGAGACUCUCGCGAGAUUUGGCAAUUGCCUCAAAGGCAAUCUCAUGCCAGUUGUAAUGGGUAAGAUUGGCAGCUUAAUGCCAUUAGUGACGGAACCAAUGUGCGCCAAAGAGCUAGCAUACCUUGAGAAGGAUGAUUUGUGGGAAAAGGUCAUACCGAAAUACCUUAACAUGUAUUCGAAGGUGUGCAAGAAGCUAUAA